GGAUGAGUUAGCGAGGGCAGCCGCGGGGGCCAGUUCUGACCGCGACAGGCCAAGGCGACGGCCGCCGCCCGCCGCCCGCCCGCCCCUUCCGUGCAGAAGCCGCUACUCCUUUCCGCGCCCGCCCGCCCGCGCUCCCGGCCCUGGAGACCAUGAGGUUCCGCAUUUACAAACGGAAGGUGCUAAUCCUGACGCUCGUGGUGGCCGCCUGCGGCUUCGUCCUCUGGAACAGCAAUGGGCGACAAAGGAAGAACGAGGCCCUCGCCCCGCCGUUGCUGGACGCCGAAACCCCGCGGGGUGCCGGCGGCCGGGGCGGGGACCACCCAUCUGUGGCUGUGGGCAUCCGCAGGGUCUCCAACGAGUCGGCGGCUCCCCUGGUCCCGGCGGCCCCACAGCCCGAGGCGGACAACCUGACGCUGCGGUACCGGUCCCUGGUGUACCAGCUUAACUUUGAUCAGACACUGAGGAAUGUAGAUAAGGCUGGCACCUGGUCCGCCCGGGAGCUGGUGCUGGUGGUCCAGGUGCAUAACCGGCCCGAAUACCUCAGACUGCUGCUGGACUCACUUCGAAAAGUCCAGGGAAUUGACAACGUCCUCGUCAUCUUUAGCCACGACUUCUGGUCGACUGAGAUCAAUCAGCUGAUCGCUGGGGUGGAUUUCUGUCCGGUUCUGCAGGUGUUCUUUCCUUUCAGCAUUCAGUUGUACCCUAACGAGUUUCCAGGCAGUGACCCUAGAGAUUGUCCCAGAGACCUGCCGAAGAAUGCAGCUUUGAAAUUGGGGUGCAUUAAUGCUGAGUAUCCCGACUCCUUCGGCCAUUAUAGAGAGGCCAAAUUCUCUCAGACCAAACAUCAUUGGUGGUGGAAGCUGCAUUUUGUAUGGGAUAGAGUCAAAAUUCUUCGAGAUUAUGCUGGCCUUAUACUUUUCCUAGAAGAGGAUCACUAUUUAGCCCCAGACUUUUACCAUGUCUUCAAAAAGAUGUGGAAACUGAAGCAACAAGAGUGCCCUGAAUGUGAUGUUCUCUCCCUGGGGACCUAUACUGCCAGUCGCAGUUUCUAUGGCAUGGCUGACAAGGUAGAUGUGAAAACUUGGAAAUCCACAGAGCACAAUAUGGGUCUAGCCUUGACCCGAAAUGCCUAUCAGAAGCUGAUCGAGUGCACAGACACUUUCUGUACUUAUGAUGAUUAUAACUGGGACUGGACUCUUCAAUACUUGACUGUAUCUUGUCUUCCAAAAUUCUGGAAAGUGCUGGUUCCUCAAGUUCCUAGGAUUUUUCAUGCUGGAGACUGUGGUAUGCAUCACAAGAAAACCUGUAGACCAUCCACUCAGAGUGCCCAAAUUGAGUCACUCUUAAAUAAUAACAAACAGUACAUGUUUCCAGAAACUCUAACUAUCAGUGAGAAGUUUACUAUGGUAGCCAUUUCCCCACCUAGAAAAAAUGGAGGGUGGGGAGAUAUUAGGGACCAUGAACUCUGUAAAAGUUAUAGAAGACUGCAGUGAAAAAAAUCUCAAUUACAAAAGCAAGAGUGACAGUCUUCUAUUUUUGAUAUUUGUCCAAACAGGAUAUACAAUUGAAUAAAAGUUUAGGAACUGGUUUCUGCUUUAAUAAAAAAAAUCUUGUAAAAGGUGUCCAAAUACAUAAUAAUCUUUUCCACUUAUGUCUGAUUAAGAUUUAAAACUGAAGGUUUCAUUUUGGAAGUAGAGUUUUAAAGCUCAAUCUGUAUCUGCUAAAAAUGAUUACUGUUGAUUGAUAGAAGAGGGGAAAUUUUAUUUCAAUUGCAUCUAUUAAUCUUUUUAUCUGAAACUUUGUACACUUUUCCACUUUCAAAACCUAUUUUAAGUACAGCAAAUUUAAAACUGUCAUAGUAAAAAGUAUUACAGUGAAAUUGUUAGAGUAUUAAUGGAACAAACCCAGUUUCCCUCUCUUGACACAGUAAUUAGGAAGGAUUGCUUCAGUGGUUUAAGAAUUAAAAAGUUAAAUUUGUUUGAACACCCUGUCAGAACCGUCAUUUUCAGUAUGAUAAAUUCCUGUACUGUUGUGUUUUGCGUGUGCUUUGAAACCUUCAUAAAACACACUUUUUUGGGAAUGUAUUUGAUAAGAAAGUUUAAACAUUGUUUUCACCUCAAUGUAGAAAUACAGUGGUUUUGGUUUUUUUCUUUUAGUGCUGACAAAAUAAAAUACUCAUUUUUGCAUAAAAA